AUGGGCCUAAAAGAAUCGACACGACGGACCAUUGAUGAAACGUCGGAAAUGGUGAACAGCGCCAUCAAAGAGUUGAAGGAACGUAGCGGUUCUUCGCUUCAGGCGAUCAAGAAAUACAUCGCGGCUCAAUACAAAGUCGAUUCGGAAAAAUUGGCUCCCUUCAUCAGAAAGUAUCUGAAGAGCGCCGUAGAAUCGGGCGCGCUCAUACAGACCAAGGGCAAGGGCGCAUCGGGUUUGUUCAAGCUGGAAUCGAAAACGUCGGCUUCGAAGAAACCCGCGGGCUCCGGAGCGGGAAGCGGGUCCGGCGGCAGCGGUGGCGGCGGAGGCGGCGGCAAGGCCGCGUCCUCGGCGGCUUCGGGUAAAUCGAAGAAGGCCACGUCCGCUCCGGUCGGCGGCGGCAAGGGCGGCGGCGCCGCGGGCAAGAAAGCGGCCGCCGGCGGUGCUUCGUCCGGCACGGCGGCGUCUUCGCCGUCCAAAUCUAAGGCGAAGGCUACGAUUAAGGACAAAAAAGCGGCAGCGGCUAAAAAGAAACCGGCCGCCGCCGCCGCCAAGAAGGCCGCCGCGGCCGCCGCUCCUUCGAAGGCGAAGGGUGCCGCGUCGAAGGCGAAGAAGGGUGCGAAGCCGCCGACCAAGAAACCUAAAGCACCGAAACCGAAGAAGGCAGCCGCCGCUGCACCGAAGUCGAAACCGGCGGCUAAGAAAGCGGCCGCCGCUAAAAAGUAAGUCCCCCGCCAGCAGCCGCCGCGGUGAUAAUGACGACGACAUCGUUCAAAAGUGUUAUCAACAACAACAACAACAACAACAACAACAACAACAACAUCGACAACAUACAUUUGUCCCGUCCCACGACGACGACGACGACGACGACGACGACGACGACGACUGUGAUGAUGACGAUGCAAGCGUGUGCGGCGCGUAAAUCGCACGAUAAAAAGCCCUUUUCAGGGCUAACACAAAUUUCUUAAGAAUCGAAAGAAAGAAAGAAGAAGAAGA